AUGCUGGAGUGUCAGGUCACCGGAAAACCACCGCCCGAAAUCACCUGGUUCAAGGAUGGGGUGAAUAUUGACAACAGCCCCGAGUACGUCAUCAUGGAGGUGACCGGGUCCUGCGCCCUCAAGAUACGCAAGGCUAGCCAGCCGGAGCAUCAAGGCGACUACGUCUGCAAGGCCAAAAACCGCUGCGGCGAGGCCGUGACUACGAGUCGGCUGCUGGUCAAACCGGUGCAGCCGCCGAAGAUCCUUCGACCGCUGGCGGACACGACAGAAAAGCUAAAUGCACCCUGCGUUCUG